GUUUCUUGCUCAGGGUGGAACAGUCCAAAGCUUACACAAUAAAUUCCGUGUUGGUAGAAGCACAGCACAUCUGAUCAUUAAACAGACCUGCAAAGCAAUAUGGGAGAAGCUGCAGCCUAUUUAUCUACCUCAAUUAACCAAGAAUGAUUAUAAAAAAAUUACUGAACAAUUUUUUAAUUUAUGGCAACUUCCUAAUUGUUUGGGUGCUAUUGACGGAAGACAUAUGCGCAUUAAAGCACCACCUAUGUCAGGCAGUGAAUUCUACAAUUAUAAGGGAUUUUUUAGUAUUGUUCUUUUGGCAGCAGUAGAUGCCCAUUAUAAAUUCACUUGGGUGGAUAUUGGACAGUAUGGAUCUAUGAGUGAUGGUGGAGUUUGGUCAAACUCUGACUUUGGACAA